AUGGCGUCUAGUGAAUCACCACAAGCGAUUGAAAAACUUCAAGAACAAAUUCAGAAAGGAACGGAAGAAACCAAGACGUAUCUUGACUCAUUGAAGGAAAAAUUGGCGGAAUAUGACGCGCAAUUUAACGUCUCGGAGACUGCGAGUUCGUAUUUACAAGCAGCAAUUGAGCGCGCACACAAGUCUGUGGAUGAGCUGAAGGAAUUAGGUGAAUCACUGAAAGAAAAGUCGAAAAACACGUCGGCACCUGUCGUGGAGGUGGCUAAAGCUUCAUUUAGCAAGGUGCAGACGGCAUUGGACGGAUUAAAGGAACGUGGUCGUAGCUAUGAUGAUACGAUUCGAACCAGUGUUACAAGCUCGGUGGAAUCUGUCAAGGGUGGUGUAUCGUCCGUGUCGACUUCGAUUGAACACAUUGUAACGGCUACGCGUGAGCGCAGCAGCUCCAGCUUUGAGCAACUAAAGGAGACACUGUUUAGUGCUGGACACGGCGCCUAUGUGGUCGCUGGAGGCGUCGUGGGUAAGGCUGAGGAACUUGAUGGCCGCUACGGCGUCGUGGACACAGUCUCGGGUAUGGUGGGUGCAGUGGCCGGCAAAGUGUCGGACCUGGACCGCGCGCUAGGUGUGUCGGCGACGGCCAUGAAAGUGGACGAGAAAGUGACGGGCGGCAUUGGAACGGAUUUGGUGAACAAGGGUGUCGUCCUUGUCAAUAGCUCGGUGGAGUACGUGGCCGGCGCACUGCAGGAGGCCAAGAUGGCGGCAAACGAAGGGUCAAACGAAAAGGCGCCCAAGACGGUCGAAGAUGCCACGGAAGCGAUCAAGACGAGCUCGAAGGACGUCUAG